UUACUGAGCAGUCAGGAGUUCCUUAUAUGGGGCGUAAUGAAUGAAUAAAAUGGAUGUCGAAAAACUGUAGCUCCCAUAAUACUGACAACCCUCUCUUUCUCUGGGAAACUUGCUCAAGAGUUGCUGUGCCUUGUGAUGAAAUCAUGUUCAGUUCUGCCUUCAAAGCGGAUUGCCUUCGGGUCAACUUGCAACUGGCUGUCAGUCGCCUAAAACUCCUGGAAAGAAAGAAAACUGAGCAGGCCCAGAAAGCAAGGAAAGAGGUUGCUGACUAUCUGGCUGCUGGGAAGGAUGAACGAGCUCGGAUCCGAGUGGAGCACAUUAUACGCGAAGACUACCUCGUGGAGGCCAUGGAGAUCCUGGAGCUGUACUGCGACCUGCUGCUGGCCCGGUUUGGCUUGAUCCAGGCCACAAAGGAACUGGAUUCUAGUCUGGCUGAAUCUGUAUCUACACUAAUUUGGGCUGCUCCUCGACUCCAGUCAGAAGUGCCUGAACUGAAAAUAGUAUCUAAUCAGCUGUGUGCAAAGUACAGCCAAGAAUAUGGUCAACUGUGUCGAACCAGUGAGAUUGGAACUGUCAGCUCUCGGCUAAUGUGUAAAUUAAAUGUGGACACUCUACCCCAGGUUCUAGUGGAACAGUACCUGAUAGAAAUUGCUAAGAACUAUAAUGUGCCAUAUAAAUCCAAGGUAACAACUAUGGCUGAAGCCCCAGCAGACCUGGUUAGUGUUGGAUUUACCGAUGAUGUCAAGAAAGGUGCCCUUGGCAGUGGAGGUGGAACUGUUGCUGGACCUGGUGAUCCACGUCAGGCAUUGCCAGUACCUGCAUCAGGGCCCUUACCUGUGCCAUCCUCAGUUCCUUGUUUCUCAUCCCUUCCUCAUGAAAGACAGAAUGACUCCUGUAAGAACAAUUUGCUUCCUAUUCUGGUUCCUGGUCCGGGAUUCAACCCCCAAACUUCUCCAAAGCCAACAUUAAGAACCAAGAUUGGUUUUGAUAACUUUAUGCUGCCUGAUUUGCCUGAUGUGAAACCUCAAGCAAGCCUUUCCAUUGACCCUUAUGAUUCAGAGGAAGUUGAUUUGGAAGAUCUUGACCGGAGACUUGAGAUGCUGAAGAAAGCCACAUAAUUCCUUAGUUCUGGAUUGAG